CAGAUAAUUAACCAGAACAGAUUGACACCUGUGUCCUCUGCAGCCUUGCAAUGGAUCCUGUCCGACCACCCUUCAGGGGCCCGUCUCCUGUGCACCCAUCUCAGUCUGUUCGGAUGCCGGGCCCUUGGCAACAGGCUCCAAAACCUUUGGACCCAGCUCUGGGCAGGGCAGGACCUGCAGGCAGAGGCCAUGUAUUUGAAAAGCGAGAGGAGCCAGGCCCACAGAGUGGGCCAGUGCAAAAGGAAUCUGUGGGUUUGGUCUCAAUGUUCCGAGGACUGGGCCUUGAAACAGUGUCCCGGACCCCUGUGGAACAGGAAAUGCCUCCUUUAGGUAGAGGCAUUUUAGGUCGAGGUUUGUCUACCAGUAUGGCACGCAAGGACAAAGAAGAACCCCAUCCCACUUUUCUGGAUCCUUCAGUGUUGGCAUCUGGAGAUAGCAAGAUGGCAGAGGCCUCCGUUGGUUGGAGUAGAACGCUUGGAAGAGGGAAUUUGGAUGCCUUUUUAUUACCGAUGGGAAGAGCAGCUGGUGGUAUAGGCAGAGGAGUAUACAGGCCUCCCGGUGCUCUCAGCCUGAAUUCUCAGGAUCCUGCCCAGCUGUCGUCUCCACCACCUCUGCCCCCGGCCCCACUGCAUUCUCUGGAUCGCCCACCACUUGGGACUGCAGAACACAAGGAAAAAGAGCCUUUUGUGAAGCAAGGAUCAAAAGGAACACCUCAGUCUUUGGGAUUGAACCUUAUCAAAAUACAGUGUCGUAAUGAAGCAGUUUAUCAAUAUCAUGUGGCUUUCAGCCCCAAUGUGGAGUGCAAAAGCAUGAAGUUUGGCAUGUUGAAGGACCAUCAAGCUGUCACCGGAAACAUCACUGCUUUCGAUGGAUCCAUUCUCUAUCUGCCUGUUAAGCUUCAACAAGUUCUUGAGUUAAAAAGUCGAAGGAAAACUGACAGUGCCGAGAUCAUCAUUAAGAUUCAGUUGACAAAGAUCCUGGAGCCCUGUUCUGACUUGUGCAUUCCGUUCUACAAUGUUGUUUUCCGUCGGGUAAUGAAACUUUUAGAUAUGAAGCUGGUGGGGAGAAACUUCUUUGACCCUACAAGUGCUAUGGUACUACAGCAACACAGAUUGCAGAUCUGGCCGGGCUAUGCAGCUAGCAUCCGGAGGACAGAUGGAGGUCUUUUCCUGCUAGCUGAUGUCUCCCAUAAGGUCAUUCGGAAUGAUUCUGUGCUGGACAUCAUGCAUGCCAUGUACCAACAGCACAAAGAAGACUUCCAGGACGAGUGCACUAAGCUUCUGGUUGGCAGUAUUGUCAUAACCCGAUACAACAAUCGUACCUAUCGUGUUGAUGAUGUGGAUUGGAAUAAGACUCCAAAAGAUAGCUUCACGAUGUCUGAUGGGAAGGAGAUUACAUUCUUGGAAUACUACAGCAAAAACUAUGGGAUCACAAUAAAGGAAAAGGACCAGCCACUGCUGAUCCACAGGCCCAGUGAGCGACAGAAUAACCAAGGGAUGCUGCUAAAAGGCGAAAUCCUGCUGCUGCCUGAGCUUUCAUUCAUGACUGGAAUCCCUGAGAAGAUGAAGAAGGACUUCAGAGCCAUGAAGGAUUUGACCCAGCAGAUCAACCUGAGCCCCAAACAGCACCAUAAUGCUUUGAAAUGCUUGCUACAGAGAAUUUCAAAAAAUGAGACAGCCAACAGUGAACUGACACGUUGGGGACUCUGUCUGCAGAAGGAUGUACAUAAGAUUGAAGGACGUGUUCUGCCAAUGGAAAGAAUUAACUUAAGGAAUACGUCAUUUAUCACAUCUCAGGAACUAAACUGGGUUAAGGAAGUAACCAGAGACGUUUCCAUCUUAACUGUCCCCAUGCAUUUCUGGGCGCUGUUUUACCCAAAGAGAGCAAUGGAUCAAGCCCGAGAACUGGUGAACAUGUUAGAGAAGGUAGCUGGCCCCAUUGGCAUAUGCAUGAGUCCUCCAGCCUGGGUGGAACUGAAGGAUGAUCGCAUAGAGACCUAUGUCAGAACCAUUCAGUCCAUGCUGGGAGUUGAGGGGAAGAUACAGAUGGUUGUUUGCAUCAUCAUGGGCACACGUGACGAUCUCUACAGGGCCAUUAAAAAGCUGUGCUGUGUGCAGACUCCCGUGCCCUCGCAAGUCAUCAAUGUCCGAACCAUUGGCCAGCCCACCAGGCUUCAGAGUGUGGCCCAGAAAAUUUUACUUCAGAUUAACUGUAAAUUGGGUGGUGAGCUCUGGGGAGUGGAUAUUCCUCUGAAACAAUUAAUGGUGAUUGGGGUGGAUGUUUACCAUGACCCCAGCAGAAGCAUGCGCUCCGUGGUUGGCUUUGUCGCAAGCAUCAGUCUCACCCUCACAAAAUGGUAUUCACGAGUGGUAUUCCAGAUGCCUCAUCAGGAGAUUGUGGAUAGUCUGAAGCUGUGCCUGGUGGGCUCCUUGAAAAAGUUCUAUGAGGUGAACCACUGUCUCCCAGAGAAGAUUGUGGUGUACCGUGAUGGAGUGUCUGAUGGCCAACUAAAGACAGUUGCCAGCUAUGAGAUUCCUCAGCUACAGAAGUGUUUUGAAGCUUUUGAGAAUUAUCAUCCCAAGAUGGUGGUAUUUGUAGUUCAGAAGAAAAUCAGCACCAGUGUGUACCUGUCUGCUACUGAGCACUUUGUGACUCCCUCCGCCGGAACUGUGGUAGAUCAUACAGUAACAAGCUGUGAGUGGGUGGACUUCUACCUUCUUGCCCAUCAUGUACGACAGGGUUGUGGCAUUCCUACCCAUUAUGUUUGUGUUCUCAACACUGCAAACCUGAGCCCUGAUCAUAUGCAGAGGUUGACUUUCAAACUGUGCCACAUGUACUGGAAUUGGCCUGGUACCAUUAGAGUUCCAGCUCCUUGCAAGUAUGCCCACAAGCUAGCUUUCCUGUCAGGACAAAUCUUGCAUCAUGAACCAGCCAUCCAGCUGUGUGAGAACCUGUUCUUCCUGUGACUGAACAAUCAGGACAUGGGCUGGUUAGAGCAAUCAGACUUCUGAACUCAGCUGUGAACUCAGCUGUGCAGGAUUAACAGUGACUGAAAGGGGUUUUGUGUUGGUGUUUUCCCUUUCACCAACCCAGUAGAAUAAGAUAUCUUUUUUUUCUUUUCUCUUUUAAACCUGAUAUCACCAAGAAGCAGGUUCCACCCUAAGGAUCAGCUAGAAAUUGUCUCGUUGCCUUUGUAGAGCACAUGGGGGUAGUCUGCUACUGCGUAGAUGGGGUGGGUGAAGACAGGGGACCCUU